AUGCCACGAGGUAGCAUCGAUCGGGAACCCUCUCCGAGCGACUAUAGCCCUACAGCUGGUGUCGCCCAUCUAGAGCAAGAAGAACCUCCCACGAAGCGUCGAAAGACAAGACUGGCCUGUGACGAAUGUCGCAUCAAAAAGAUCAAGUGUGAUGGAGCCAAACCCCUCUGUGCCGCAUGCAUGAAAAAGGGAUGGCCUCAGGAGAAGUGUGUAUACAAUGAUGCUGAUCGGAAGGAUUGGGUGGGCAUGAGACAGCUUGUCGAGCAGCUACAAGGGAGAAUUAGAAGUCUUGAGCACGAAAAUGCAGCAGCGCCUAUAUCUGGACCAGCAUCCCAGCUACCUGUAUCCAGACCUCCAGAACGACGACUUUCUGUCUUAACGCAAAGCGAUAGCCCUCAAUUGCCUUACAAUGUAAGGGUUUUCCAUUUUUUUUAUUCGUCUUCGGGGUAUGGGGUGCAUUAUAUAUAUCACCAAGAUGCACCUCGAUUACCAAAUCACCCAAAUGGAGAUCAAUUCUCUACGUCUCAAGGCAUACUGCAGACAUCCCCUGGAUUAUCUACGAUUCCUGAUCGAGAUGAACUCACCUCCAUCCAUGAUAGAUCCACAGGUGUUAGCGCCAUCGUAGGGGCUGUGACGGGCGAACGACAGAAUCAAGGCUUCCAUGGAACCUCCUCCGCCGCGACUUUCAUGCAGCAGAUUCGUGAAGCAAUCAACGCACGUGUUGGAGUCUCUCCAGAAAGUGGGCAUGAAGGCUAUCAAACAUUUACAAACGCCGGUCAUCGGCAGCCCUUAUCAGGCCGCUCUGCAAAGAAGCCUGUAGCUUCUGACUACGUUUUGCCACCCCGGAGAUUGGCAGAUGAUCUCUUGCAGACCUAUUGGGUGUAUGUAUACCCACUCUACCCAUUUUUGGACAAGCGGGGCUUUAUGCAGACCUAUCACCGCAUCUGGACGGGAGAUUUGGCCAGCAACUCGUCGUCCGCAACGUAUAAGUCCGGGGCAGAUACUGAUGAGCCUACCGCGGUCUGCAUUUUCAACAUGGUUCUUGCGUUAGCUUGUCAGUAUUCGGAUGCAAUAGAGGAAGGAAGCCGUCGGAAUACCGCAAAAACUUUCUUUCUUCGUGCCAAAGAUUGUUUGCAGUUUGACCCGUUAGAUUCUUCAAACCACUCAAUUCAUUUGGUGCAGGCGUUUCUACUGUUUGGACAGUAUCUACAAAGUAUCGGAAGCCCUCAUGAGGCGUGGGGAGCAAUUGGAGUAGCCACACGCAUUUGCCACGAGUUGGGGUUUCAUCGGACUUCAACUAUGAGUGAGAGAACUGUUCAGGGUGCGAGAGAGAGGGAGACUGUCAGGCGGGUAUAUCACGGUUGCGUAAUGAUUGACAGAAUGCUUUCUAUGAAUCUUGGCCGUCCUCCCGUGGUGUCAGUCUCCCUAGCAGACUCAGUGCCAUUGCCGAUGGAUAUCGGCGAGGACUGUGAUGACAGUACCAGUAAUGAACCAGCCGAGAAUUUGGGGCGAGUUUCUACAGGCCCAUCAACGUUAUCAUUCUUUGUACACUCCGCUAAGCUCUACGGGAUUAUGCAUAAAAUACUGUUGUCCUUCUAUCCAGAUGAGAGCAUCGAGUGUGCAAAUGAUUCUGAGCGAUCCUUCAUGGGUUUCGAGUCCACGCUCCAAAUUGAUUACGACCUGAUGAAAUGGUGUAGGUCAAUACCAGAUCAUUUAAAAAUCAAUCCAGAUUUUAACGCCAAACCAACUGAGGAGCAACCUUCCGUGUUUUGCAGGCUGAGCUAUAUCCUUUGGGCGAGAUUUCUUCAUGUUCGAAUCUACCUCUUUCGGCCCAUCUUCGCCAAAUUUUGCAUAUACUCCCAAAAUGAUCAGACGGCUUCGUCGACAGAUCAUUAUGCUGUAUCACAAAUCCCAACUCGCGAUAUGAUCACUUACCGAAUGGCACUACAAUGCUCCAUUCUAUGCGUCAAGUCGGCCAGAGAACUUAUUGCAGUCAUACAUAAGCAGUUCACAAUAGAACGAUCCUGGGGUCGCAAACCGUCGUGGCUAUUCAGUGUUCUACACGUGUACCUCGCAGCUGCAGUCCUCAUAGCAAUCCGCCUCCGGCCCGAUAUUCCCUGGGAAGUCGCUGAAGAAGAGAUCGAAGAAUCAUGGACAUGCGCACUCCAAACUCUUCGCGAUUAUCAAAAUGAUAGCCGGUCUGCUCAGCGUUGCGUUGCGGCACUCGAGUUCCUCCACGAAAAGCUGCCGAGUAUCUCCCAGCAAAGAAGCGAGGCUCAGCAGGAUCAACAGCAGCAAAAUUGGCAGGGCAACCUGGCCGAAUUUGAGACAUUUUUCCCACUUGAUCAGGGUUACACAAAUGUAGAUGACGCGACUGGGGCGUGGAAUUUGGAUUAUAAGCAGAUUGGUUUAGAGGAAUGUAUUUUUCUUGAUCCGUUUAAUGUACUAUAA